CAUUCUUACCAAAAAAAACUCCUAAGAACGUUUACUCUUCUAAAACCCUGCGUUCUAUUGUCUCUCUACCUCUUCAAUUUCAACAAGCAAAGCUUUGGUUUGAAAGAGAUAACUUAUCAUGUCUCAGCCAAACCAGAAUAACCCUAAUUUUAAAGAUACUAAGAUCUUUGUUGGAGGUUUAGCCUGGAGAACAACAACAGAUGAAUUGAGAAGAUCUUUCCAACAAUUUGGAGAGGUUAUUGAUGCUAAUGUUGUCAGUGAGGGUCUCCAGGGAGGAAACUUAAGAUCAAAAGGCUAUGGCUUUGUUGUUUUUAGGAAUGCUGAAUCUGCCAAUAGAGCUUGUGAACUCCCGUGGCUGGUUAUUGAUGGAAGACAAACCAAUGUCAAUAUGGCUUAUUUGGGUGCAAAGAAUAACAACUCUAACCAGCCUAACCAAAACGGUUUACUAAAUCAGGCUGGACCAUCGCAUCAAUAUCAAAACGGUUUGUUCAAUCAGGCCGCAUCGCAUCAACAUCAGCUAAUUCCUCAGUAUCAUAACCCACAUUUUCCUCAGUCCUACUGGGCUCCAUAUUACGGACAACAUCCUUACAUGUACAACGUUCCAUGCUAUACUUACCCCACCGCCGUGGUAUCUAUGCAGAUGCAGCAGCAUGUUCUAGCAUAUAGGAUGCAACGGAAUUGGGAACGGAUGAACAAUGUACCAAGGGUCAUUGUUUCUAACCCUCCUAAUGAAGAAAUCAAUGAAGCUAAUGAAGAAAUCAAUGAAGCUAAUGAAGAAGUCAAUGUAGCUAAUGAAGAAGUUAAUGUAGCUAAUGAAGAAGUCAUUGAAGCUAAUGAAGAAGUCAAUGUAGCUAAUGAAGAAGUCAUUGAAGCUAAUGAAGAAGUCAAUGUAGCUAAUGAAGAAAUCAUUGAAGCUAUUGAAGAAGUCAAUGUAGCUAAUGAAGAGAUCAUUGAAGCUAUUGAAGAAGCCAUUGAAGCUAAUGAAGAAAUCACUGAAGAAAUGAAUGAAUACAUCAAUGAAGAAGAGGCAGAUACGGAAACAGACUGUGAUCAAGAAGGAGAGAUCAGUGGAGAAGGCAGUGACAUCAAGCAAGAUGUAAAUGAUCAAGAGUUAGAGAUCAUGAUUGGAGAAGAGGAUGACACCAAGCAAGAAGUUGUCUGUGAAGAAGAAGCUGAAAACGCACCACAAGAAAACGGGAAUGGUCAUGAAGAAAACAGCGAUCAGGUAGAAGAAGGAGAAAAACAAGAAUACAAUAAGGAGCUAGUAAGAGAAGCGAUAAUAUAAAUAAUUUAAGUCUGCUCGAUCAGAUUUAGAAUUAUGAUCAAACUUAUCUAAGCUAUAUAUUUACUUAUUUAGGACUAAACACUUGUCUUUACAUUUACAGCGUUGUGAAAACUUAUAACAAUCUGUUUGUUGGAGAUA